AUGGCUUUGCAGGACGUUGUUACUCGUGAAUACACCAUUAACUUGCACAAGAGAUUGCACGGUGUCCACUUCAAGAAGAGAGCUCCAAAGGCUGUCAAGGAGAUCAGAAAGUUCGCCAGCAAGCACAUGGGUACCACCGAUGUCAGAUUAGAUCCUAAAUUGAACACCCACUUGUGGAAGAGAGGUAUCCAGGGUGUCGACUACAGAAUGAGAUUGAGAAUCUCCAGAAAGAGAAACGACGAGGAGGACGCCAAGGAGGCUAUGUUCGCCUUCGUUGAGCCAGUCAUUGUCCCAACCACCAAGGGCUUGCAGACCGUUGUUGUUGAAGAGGAUGAGGCUUAG